AUGGCAACUAAGACGCAGAGCAUUAGGUUUCCUUGUCAGCCACCGUUACUCAUUCAUCUUGUUCAAUUAGUUCAAGAUUCUGUUCCUCGACAUUGUGGUUGACUUUCUCUGGCAGGUAGAACCUUCAUGCACUUGUCUGAUGUGACCUGAUCGCCUUCAACCCCCUUUCCCUUCCUUUCUCCUUUCCCCAAGUAUUACUCCUCUGUCAUAUUUAUAUAUGUGAGUUACCUUACCUCAAAAAGGGUAGGUUUUGAUUCCGGCCGUUUUGCCUCUUUUUUCCCCAUUUUCUCCACCCAAGAAAUGACUAGGAGACUCGUAUAUUUUUCCCUAACUUUUCCCAAAUGCUUCCAUAUUAUUCUUCCCGUUCUUGCACACAUGCUGUGUAUCUCUUGCCUAUGCCCAAGAUCAUGUCUUUGUUCCAUGCACUAAGGCUACUGAUCAAAUGAGUGUGGACCCAAUAAAAAUGGAUUUAUGCUUCAGGUCUAGGUGCCAUAUGAAAUGCGGGGCACUUCAUGCACUGGUAGUUGACUCAAGAUUGGCAGUGUUGUCACUAGCAUUUGGUGAUCGGUAUCUAUUUCUAUCUCCUCUCUCUCUCUCUCUCUCUCUCUCUCUCUCUCUCUCUCUCUCUCUCUCUUUCUCUUUCUCUCUCUUUAGCAGUAUGUGCCUCCUUCACUCUCACCUGUAGUUGACACGGUGUUGAGGAUGAUUUAAUGGCAGUUACUAGUUCGAGGUUUCCUUCUCUUCUCUACACUGUCAAGUUCAUGUUGUUUCAUCAGCUGGCCUGUCCGAAUUCAUACGAGGAUCACUUUUACUUCGUCCACUUCCUGUUCUAACCGGCCAAUCUCUUCUCAAAUCCAGAGCCGUACGGAUCGCAUGGUUUUCAAGCUCUUCGGCAAGGACCCAAGCGACUUCCCUCUUGUUCUUCGGAGUCAGGUAUCGUGUACCCUUUCAGGAAAUUUUCUCAUUCAUCUCAUUUGAGCACAAAGAAGCCAGAUUAGUAGGCUGAGUCCUGCCUCAUAGGAUGCCUUACUGAGAAAAUCUUGUAAACUUUCAGAUCCUCGACUGGUUGUCCAACAGUCCUACGGACAUGGAGGGCUACAUCAGGCCCGGUUGCCUCAUUCUAACCGUUUACCUUCGGCUGGCUGAAUCCACCUGGGAGGAGGUAUCCUUCAAGAAAUAG